UGCAAAGGAGAAGAGUUGUUCGCCUCGUGAGCCAAGACGAAGAGUCGUUGCAGGAGGAGAGCUGAAAGGAUAUUUGAGAUUAGCACACCAUGGAGGCCACUGAUAGCCGAAGGUGAGCGGCGAAUCCCCAAGGCAGAAUGUCGCGCGGCAUGUGUGCAUUUCGUGGCUGCAGGCCGCCGUCCAUUCGAUGGACGUUGCAUAGGGACCGGGCGGGGGCGUUUGAGAGGACGAGAGGGAGUUUCCUUAGAGGGGCGGCAGAUGCACUCACAUGGGCCGGCAUCCUGCCGAAGACGGCCGCGUUUCUACGACAGGUACGCUGACGGGAUUACCUCCACCCAUCCAUCCAUCCAUCCAUCCAUACGAGCAUCCUCACUCACGGCAGGCCUGACGCAAUCCCAUCUGUCUGUCCUUGUCUUGGUUUGUUGCUGUCGUGCAGUCGGUACCCGUUGUGCCAACUACACACCACGACGGGGAUGGAGCUCCAGCUGCAGCUGCGCGCACCGCUACCAGAGAGGAUGCAACAAGGGAGGACAGCCGACACGACGGCCUGUCGCCUUGCAGCCCGUCACCGAGGAGGCACCCUGACAUGGACCACCGGCCAGACGACGCACAACCAUCGCGUGGACCGUCACGUGCGCCAUCUUCCAUGCCCGUGUCGCCGUCAGCCGCGAGGCAGAGGGCCGUUGGUCAGGAUAUGUCCACAACGGACGGCUUCGAGGCUCACACAGAGCGGGACCCGCGGGGGCAGCGAGGCUUCGACAGUGACUACGACAGGUCGGCUGCGGCGUCCCGAGCCCGCACACGACAGGUCGGCUGCGGCGUCCCGAGCCCGCACACAAGAAGACAUCACCUCUGACGGACGGGAUGAAGUAGUACGGAGGGAGCAUGUGUCGCCCCGAUCACCAUCGAGGCGCGCUGAGACGAGCUACCAGCCAG